AUGGGUUACACAACCCUCUGGAAGCGGCUCUCGCCGGUCCAGCUCAACAUCGCGAUCCAGGCCUUUUCGCUCAUCAGCAUCUUUUUUGAAGGAUACGACCAGGGGGUUAUGGGCGGCGUGAAUGCCUCGCCGCGGUAUGUCACAGAAGUUGGUAUUGGUGAACCUAAUGGGAAGGUCACGGACACGGUACACCAAGGUGGGAUCGUGUCGGUGUAUUAUGUGGGGUGUAUCUUUGGGUGUUUUGCUGGGGGGUGGGCGGCGGAUCGGGUUGGGAGGAUUAACGGCCUCUUCAUGGCCUCCGUCUUCGCCCUGAUCGGCGGCGCCCUCCAAGCAGCGACCCAAUCCAGCGACUUCAUCAUCGUGGCCCGCGUCAUCACCGGGAUCGGCACCGGCGCCCUCACCGGCAUCACCCCCGUCCUCGUCGCCGAAACCUCCACCGCCACCCACCGCGGCGGCUUUCUCGGCUACGUCUUCAUCGCCAACUACCUCGGCAUCGCCGUAGCCUACUGGCUCUCCUUCGGCCUAGCCUUCGUCCAAAACGGCUACUCCGACCUCCGCUGGCGUUUCCUCCUCGCCUUCCAGUGCCUGCCCGCCCUGAUUCUGCUGGCCGGUAUCAAACUCCUCCCCGACAGCCCACGGUAUCUCGCGUCUGUCGGCCGUCUCGACGAUGCCCGUGAAGUCCUCCACCACAUCCGCGGUCCUGACCAACCCGCAGCCGUCGAGCGGGAAUUCCUCGAAAUCACCGCCGCUACCAAGAACAAAGAAUCCCAAAGCGGCUCCUCCCCCCUCCAAUUCGCCCGCAUCCUCGCCGGCCGCUCCGGCCCCGCACAUGCAGGUCAACACUUAGGCCGCCGCGCCUGGCUCUGUCUCGCGCUGCAAAUCAUGGCGUCCUGGACGGGCAUCACAGCCGUCACCGCCUACUCCCCUGUUCUCCUCUCCGCAGCAGGGUACGACGAACUCACGCAAAACGGUCUCGCUGGCGGACUCAGCACGGUGGGUAUCCUGGGGACUAUCAUCUCCGCGCAGAUUGUCGAUCGCCUCGGGCGGAGGGUGUGUUUAAUGGGUGGUGCCGUCGGGUUAUUCAUCGUCAACCUCAUCGCUGCCAGCGUGUACGAAGCAGCCGGGGCGCAGCCGGAGAAGGCAGCGACGUUAGCGCCGGUGGCAGUGGCGAUGUUGUUUCUGAUGAAUUUGUGUUAUGCCGCGACGUGGGGGACCGUGGCUUUCCUCGUGCCGACGGAGAUGUGGGCGUCGGAGAUGAGGGCGCAGGGGAAUGGGUUUGGGAUUACGGGGUGGGCGAUUGGAGUGGGUUGGACGGUGUUGGUGAAUCCGGUGAUGUUGGGGAAGUUGGGAGGGAGGACGUAUUUUUUGUUUGCGGGGUUGAAUUUGUUGUGGGUGCCGGUUGUUUAUUUGUUCUACCCAGAAACCGCGGGCAGGUCGCUCGAGUCGAUCGAUGUGUUGUUCUCAACCAGCAAACCGUUUGUGUGGGAUAUGGAGCGGGCGUAUCGGGAACAUGGGAAUAUUCUCCAGCAGCCGACUGGUUCGGCGACCGAGAGCGAGGGGGACAAGGGAGAUCUGGUGCAUGGCGAGCAUGUUUAG